GUAGCCCCAAACAGAGCUCAACAGAUCUCUCUGUUUGGGUUUGGGUUUGGGGGGUACUUUGUCUUGGCGACAUCUGCGAAGCCUCACUCUUCGUUAUCUCCGCCACCAGUCGCCCUCGCAACCCAAUAAAACUCUCUAUCCUCCUUCAAUUUCAUUUCUCAGCUACGCUUGCAGGAUUUCUCAUAGUCUCUUCGUGCGACCUGAUUUGCCCGGUAACCAUGUCACAGUCUCUCCAUAUGUUCACUUCUUCUCGGUCACGGUACCUACCUUUACCCAAACACCCGUACUCGAAACCAUCCCUCUUCAAUUCGGAUUGCCGCUUUUCGAUCAUCGUUCCCAGGCACUCUAUCUCAAUCAGAGCCUCUUCCGAUCCCAAUUCUUCACCACCGCAUGUCCUAGUGACCGAUAAUGGCAAGGGAGUGCCAGGGACAUCCGAGUUUACGCCUGCGGCAGUUUCUGGGACAGAUUCGUCACUUGAAGUCGAUACGGUGACUGAGGCUGAGCUGAAAGAGAACGGCUUUAGGAGCACGCGGCGGACCAAGCUGGUCUGCACCAUCGGACCAUCUACCUGCGGCUUCGAGCAGCUGGAGUCGCUUGCCGUUGGUGGUAUGAACGUGGCGCGCAUCAACAUGUGCCACGGCACUCGCGACUGGCACAAACAAGUCAUCCAGCGUGUGCGCAGGCUCAACGAGGAGAAGGGAUACGCCGUCGCCAUCAUGAUGGACACUGAGGGCAGUGAGAUCCACAUGGGCGAUCUCGGCGGCGCUUCUUCCGCCAAAGCCGAGGAUGGUGAAAUAUGGACGUUUAGUGUUAGGGCGUUUGAUGCACCGCUCCCAGAGCACACCAUCUCUGUGAACUAUGAUGGUUUUGCGGAAGAUGUGAGGGUUGGGGAUGAGCUGCUUGUGGAUGGUGGGAUGGUCAGGUUUGAGGUGAUUGAGAAGAUUGGUCCGGACGUCAAAUGUAGAUGUACUGAUCCAGGACUGAUGCUACCCCGGGCUAAUCUGACAUUUUGGAGGGGUGGGAGUCUAGUACGGGAAAGAAAUGCAAUGCUUCCCACCAUUUCUUCCAAGGAUUGGUUGGAUAUUGAUUUUGGGAUUGCAGAGGGUGUUGAUUUUAUUGCGAUAUCAUUUGUAAAGUCUGCUGAAGUGAUUAAUCAUCUCAAAAGCUAUAUAGCUGCUCGUUCUCGUGAUAGUGACAUUGCUGUCAUUGCAAAGAUAGAAAGUAUUGACUCAUUGACGAACUUGGAAGAGAUCAUUCGAGCAUCAGAUGGAGCUAUGGUGGCUAGAGGUGAUUUAGGUGCUCAGAUACCGCUGGAACAGGUCCCAUCUGCCCAGCAAAAGAUCGUGCAGGUAUGCAGGCAACUAAAUCGUCCAGUUAUUGUUGCCUCUCAGCUACUUGAGUCUAUGAUUGAGUACCCAACACCAACCAGAGCUGAAGUAGCAGAUGUCUCUGAAGCAGUCAGGCAACGAGCUGAUGCCUUGAUGCUCUCUGGAGAGUCAGCCAUGGGACAGUUUCCAGAGAAGGCAUUGACAGUUUUGAGAAGUGUCAGUCUAAGGAUUGAGAAGUGGUGGAGAGAAGAGAAACGCCGUGAAUCUAUGGAACUCCCAGAAGUAGGAUCUUCAUUUCAGGACUGUAUUUCAGAGGAAAUUUGCACUUCUGCUGCCAAAAUGGCUAACAACUUGGAGGUGGAUGCUCUCUUCGUCUACACCAAGACUGGGCACAUGGCAUCACUCCUAUCGCGUUGCCGACCUGACUGUCCAAUCUUUGCGUUCACUUCAACGACGUCUGUGCGGAGGCGUUUGAACCUACAGUGGGGCUUGAUACCUUUCCGUCUGAGCUUCUCAGAUGAUAUGGAAAGCAAUCUUAACAAAACAUUCUCUCUGCUAAAGGCCAGGGGGAUGAUCAAAUCGGGUGACCUUGUCAUUGCUGUCUCAGACAUGUUGCAGUCCAUCCAAGUUAUGAAUGUUCCUUGAGAACUGGACUUCAGUUGGGACUGCAAUGCUUUUAAAGCCUCUUCUAGAUUAUGUUAUUUAUUAACUGCUGCAUCUAAGUUACCAAUUCAAAAGAAGACAUGAGAAAAUUGACGGUAUGAACAAGAAAUCAUGUCUUCCAAGUUCCACCAUCUGCACCUGUUAAACUUAACCUGGAUGCAGGAAGGUAUAGUUUGUCCCGUUCUGGCAUCAGUAAUGUUAUGACAGGUGAUCCCACUGUUCCGUGUAAUCUUAUUUGGCUUAGAGUGAGGUAAUAUGUCGCUGAAUUUACUUAUGAGAGGAAUAGCUGCAUUAUUCUGCUUUUGGUUGUAAUGUAAUGGACCUUGUAGCUUAUUGCUUUAUGUGUUUCUGAUUCAGAGAAGGAUAAUAAUAGAAAUCAUAAAUUUUUAUUUGGGAAAUGGCU